AUGGGGUCGAGAUGGCUCAAGUGGUUAGAGCACGAAUCGAAUUACCAGAAGGUCCGUGGUUCGAACCCGACCUCUGCCAUUCUACUUCCCCUGUCUAGGCUUGGGCGACCUGGCAGUAUCCCAGCCCUCGUGCCUCUUUCGUGUGGCAUGGCAGCUAGGCACCGAAAUUAUGAAUCCAUAAAGGAAACUACGCACAAGGUUGCUGAAAACUCUCCGACAGCCCACGACCGGUUUCACCCUUCUUGGGGCUCAUCAGGUAGGCACAGUCCCCGAGUUUCCGUCAACCUUAUGUUGUACUGCGCCUACCUGAUGAGCCCCAAGAAGGGCGAAAGUGGCCGUGGGCUGUCGAAGAGUUUUCAGCAAACUUCUGGCAUGGACACUCCACGAGAUGACCUCAACUUGGACCAACUAGAGAUAGCAAUUCGCCUAAACCGGGCAGAUAUUGCUCGAACAAAAAUAUUUUUGGAAGGGAAAAGGUGGAAGAAGGGUGCUCUGGAUGAUUUCAUGUUUACCGUGAUUCUGAACGACCAAAAUGAUUUUGUGAGCCUUCUGCUGGAGAACGGAUUUAACUUGGAACAUUUUCUAUCGGUUCACACGUUGGAACGUUUGUACACCGAAAGUCUGAAGAAAACAGAUUAUAAGACGGAACUGUUCCAGUUGAUGUGGAAACGUGCGAGAAUCUACAAAAUGGAAUGGGUGAUGCUCCGUGAUGUCGGUCGAAUUAUAAAGACAAUCAUGGGAGACUUUUACCAGCCGCUUUAUUUAACCCGACGAUUCAGAAAUACCGUGACACAAGGAGGAGCAUUUGAUUCAAGUGAGGAGGACGAGGAGGUUGGUUCCAACCAAGGCGAAUCAUCUCUUUCAUCCAAUGCGACUUCCGCCUCCACUCUACCCGAAGAGGAAGCUGGAGAUGAAUUGCACUUGACCUUGAAGAAGUCGCGCUUAUCCAAAAGUGUCACGGGGGACGCACCGGCGGACGGCUUCUCCCAGGUUCACGGGAAAACCAAUGAAAAUUCAAACUUCAGCACCCAACUAGACAAGGACAACCCCAAGACCAAAGGUGCACAGAAAACAAGGAGUCGUGAACGAUCACAUGCCAAAGAAGAUAGUAGACCUCUGUUGGAACGAAUAUCUUUGCGAGAUGAUUCGGAAGACGAGGCAACACUUAAGGGACAGAGUGACCAAUCGAUUGGUGGCUCGACUGAGACAUUAGUUACAGAUGGAUUGCGAACCAGCCCUAACCAUCGUCAUUCUAGCUCUCUCCACUCAAAACAGACCGAAAGACUUCCUCCGGUACCAAAUAAUGGACGGCGCUGUAUUGUACGUCCAAUCACUGCAUUCCAGUUAGGCUAUCAACCAUAUGUUGGCUAUGGUGACGCAAGACAAACCAACGGAUUGCUGAUAUUUGGUGAAUAUGUGCCAACACAACCGGGUGCACAUCGCACCUUACCGCUUGGAAAGCACCGUGUUAUCGAUGGAUCCUCACAAGUCCGGCUGUCCAACAGCCAACCACCCAGAGCAGUCGCUGAAAGUAUAUCAAACCUAAAAGUCAUCCGGAAACUGUCCAAGUCUGAGCAAACAGACAAACAGACUGUGGUUGUGGUCAAAGUUCACUCUGCUUCUACUGAGGCGCGAUCGAAAUCACACGAAAGACGGCGAUCCCACGCACAGUUUGCUGAUCCUUCCCCAAAACGACGAUCGAACUCUGCCAGUCCGUUCACCUUCACACCACGAGGAGUGAAGGGGGAACCUGGGGCCCGUAAUGUACCUACCCGAAGAAAAUCCGUUAUUUCUGGGCGCCGCGUCGCUCAUUCUCUUUUGCACCCACUUACUGAUCCAGAGAAAGUACAGCUCCAGCUAAGAGAAGCGGAGCGAGUCGCUCGUGAACAGCGUCGUGAGAAGGAGCGUCGGCGCCGACAUCGAGUCGCCCAAGGAAAGUUUACCCUACUCGAACGACUGACGGGGAAAGCAAAAGAACACAACUUUGCACAUUCCGCCACCGUCUACCUUGAGCGUCCAGCGAGAGAGAUCAUGGUGAUGUGCAUCUUGUUGGGGAAGCUUACCAUGGCUCGCUUGUUUUGGACCUACGAAAAGGUAUGGAAAUCUAAACUUCCCAUAUUCCACGCCAGUGAGCCGAUUGCUGCCGCAUUGACUGCUUCGAUUCUGUUCGGUGAGCUCGCCAACAAAUGUGACGACGUCACGUGUAAAGAGGAAUACGAAGAGGCAGCUCGGACUUUUGAAGAGAAAGCCGACGAGGUGCUAGAAGAGUGUUACCAGGAGGACCGAGUACGCACGGAACUUUUGCUGUCUCGGAAACUCGAUUUUUACGGUGGCACAUCGGUGAUUCGCCUAGCAGCCCGUGGACGUUGCAUUCGCUUCAUGGCGCAUCCUUGUUGUCAAGAGCUCUUAUCCGGAGUUUGGAUGGGUGAGCUUUCACCGAAAUUCACUUUCAUACAGUUUCUCUCUGGAAUAAUUGUCGGAUUGACCUUCCCGCUACUACUGCCACAGAUUACAAAGUACAUUACAGAUGGCAACGAUGGAGCAUCCUCAGUGGAUCAGGGUUCUACUGGAUUAAAAUUGAAGAGGGAACACCGCUCGGAAUAUUGUGAAUACUCUAGAACAGUGAGUGGUGUUCCUUCGAGAAAAAAUGCUGCCAUAUCUCGAAUAUCAUACCAACUGAAAGAUGAGAUUACCUUCAUGCAGCAGUCACUUGAAGAAUGCUAUAAACGACAUAUUCAGUUGGAAUUCACUUAUGUCCCCCUAAUUUCCACCGCCUUGACUAUCAGCCGCUGUGGUGUGCAUCACAGUCCCCGUCUUAAAACUUCCACAUUCUCCAGAUCUGUUCUAUGUCCCGUGUCUAAGGCAUGUACCGCCAUCGCUGAGUCUUUGACCAGCGUUUGGUAUUCCUCUGUAUUCUUUGGUUGUUUGUUUAUCCUUUUAUGCUCACCAAUUCUGGCGUGCGAUUCCCUUGGCCGAAAACCAACAGAGAUUUAG